AUGGCCAGUUCAAUUAUAAGUAAGCUGGUCGCCAGCGCAGCUAGCAUUCAGAAUGACUUUUCUCUCGCGGCCGCCAAUCUGAAUCUCGACUUUACUCUCAUCAAGUUGGAGGCACCAAAGGAGUUCGUCAGCGUUGGUACGAGCCUCACCAACGUGCGGAAAGAGAAUGCCGAGAGAGGCUCCCUUCAUCGAACCGCACGUAAGUUGGGCGCCAUUUUCGAUGGUGUGCCGCCUUCUGCUGAGCGUCUCUUGUCCAUUUAUGGAAAGCGAGUCUCUGAAAUUUGCCAGCAGAGGCAUAUUGAUACGGAAGAACGAAACCGAUAUGGCAUAUUUUCUCAAUUCGCCGGGACUGACUCUGCCAGCUUAUGGGCGGCAGCAACAUCCGGAUCAAGCGCCAUUUCCAUACAUUUAUUGGCAUGUAUGAUUGCAGGAGUUUUUGACAGCGCCCAGUCGGUUGCACUUUGGUUGCAGCUCAUCGAAACAAGGAAGUCAGAGAUCCAGGAAACUAUCGACCAAGAAAUAGAUCAGAUGAAAGUCAUAGCAAAAGCUCUUGUUACCCAGCAAGAGUUCACAAGGGACGAGCUGGCGGCUUGGGACAACAGCGCCAGAUCCUGGAUAAACACAGCACAUUUGGCUACAGCUGAACAACGUAAGGUGGCACUGCUAUAUGCUGACAACGCUGGAAUACCGGUGAACGCGUCCUCCGAUCCUUAUAGCAGUGUUAUCAAAGCCUGGAAAGAUGCCAUGACAUCUAUGGAGUGUCUCAUCAACGGCACGCCCCAAAGAGUGCGCAAUGGUGCCGUGCUGUUGGCUAUUAACUCCUGGCAUCUCUAUCCAGAUCUUUGUGUCCUAAGCAAGGGUCCGGAUGUCAUCCACCAGAGAGAUCCACUCAUAUCAAGCUCGGGAAUCUUGACUUUAGACCUUGAGAGGUCUUCAGAGGUGGCGAGCAGUGUGACAUGGUCUCUUCCACUAGCCUAUUUACGGUAUUAUGGCGAGCCUGUCGUUGUAAAUCGAAGCCUCAGCGUGGGCUCUGCAAGGAUAUCCAUCGAUCAAUUUCGUCUGGUCCUACUUGGUUGUGUCUUGUCCAAUUGGCACGGCUUCAGCGUCUCCAUGCUGGAUGAUAUUGAACUGGUAGCUGGGCUGCUGGAUGCAAUUAGAUCUCCCGAAAGAUCGAAUGAGGAAUCUGAGUACCAGCGAUCAAAUUUGGUGCGGAUGCAGAAGAUGACCAGGCAAAACUCGUGGAUCGGCCAACUGUUAACAGCCGCGGAUGACAUAUCAUCCAUGGAUCCUAUCGAGCGGGAAACGGCGCUGAAAUUAAUCAACCAUGGUCGUCGUCACGGCCGCUUCCUCUGCGCCCCCGAUUCCGCCCCUGCGCCUUUCUUUGGACUAUGCCACAUACCCUCUUUAUUCUCUUUGCUAGAAGGUCCAGAACCUCGUAUCAAAUAUCUGAGGAAAUAUGCGCAAGACCUCGGGCUAUCGAAUAGUAACUGUGUUAUUCGAUACUACUACGGACAGAAUAGCUACGAGUACGCCACCAUAGAGCCGUUGGGCGAUAGCCAUAAAAAGGAGGAUUUGUCAGGAUUUAUUCGCCGAGUGGAUCACUCAUCUACGCCAUGUGCUAAGACUCAUAUGCGGUGGAUUCCAGUCAGAACUAGAGGACCCGGUUGCGAUUGCAAUGACAUCUGUCACAAAAGACCAGAAGAUCAGCCAGAACAGAAAGCCAAAUCGGGCUUCAGGAGACUAGAAAUAACAACAAGGCGUCGCGAGAAGUUCUGUGGCUGUUUGGAGCGCGGUGCUUGUUCUUUGGCCUGCCAUGGCUGGAAGAUCAUGCCAAUCAAGAAGUGCCUUCCCGAAGCGACGAAAAUCCAGCGACGUAUAGAUUACAUUCAGAAGAUGGGAGAAAGGCCUAUGCCGGCGCAUGAAGUUUCCUAUUCAUCUGAUCCUAGGAAUGGCCAGGUCGACUUUGGGAACGGUACUGAUUUUCAUCCGGCACUUUUACAGCUUUCGAAAGGAGAUUCACAGACAUUCGUGCACCUCGAAUUCUGUGCUGGCGACUAUGAACUUGCUGAGAUCUUGAGAGUUGGCCCGAUGACUAAAAAUAAUACCGAUCCCCGCCAAGGCCGACCGGGUGGUGAUUCACGACACCUAGGGCAUUAUUUCACUGGACGAAUAUUCAAGUCGACAUUGCAACCUGAUGCAUUCGAUCACUAUAAGCUUACGGAAUGGUUUGCCACUCAUUUGAGGAAGACGAACAUUGAUUUUGUUCAACCACUUCGCGCUUGUGCCGCCGCAGUUGAGCUAUAUUCACGCUUGCCAGAGGCCACCAUUGACUCUUCAAUAAUGAGCCGGACUUCUCUCAGAGACGCCAGAUGGAUCCCCAGUAGAGAAAAUCUCCAGGAAUCGCCCCUGAAACUGACCCUUUCGCGGCCCAAAGCCUUUGCUUGCAUUGCAAUGCUCGAAACAGGCCGUAACUUUGACAUUGGGUACCUACGGAACGUGUUUGCUAUGACCUACGGUAACUCCAUAUUUGUGGCAAGCCCUCUCAUGGCUGACCCUUAUGAGACCCCACUCGCGACGGAAAUCAAGCGCGUGAGUGGCAACAUCGGCCAACCAGGGUUAUCCUUUCUCAUUCCGCCGCCAAAUCCUAGGAUACGUAAAUCAAACCCCGAGGCCUGGACGGUUCUCAGCCAUAAGCGAUUCGAAGGGCACCUCGAGGACAGCUUUUGGAAAACCUCAAUGCACCUGACCUUGACGCAAUACCAACCCGGACUACCAGGUCUUAACCAAGACGAGCACUAUAUCGAUGAAUCUACGGCAUUGCGUGAGACCCUGGUCCAGGUAUACGACAGCUCAGAAUGGGUCUGCGAUCUUGAUAUAUUAGCAACUCUUGGAGAUCCCCUUGUUUCUCGUGUUUCGUGUAAUGACACAAGUCACCCAGUGGCAACUGAUUUUCCAAAUACGGGGGGGCUCUCCGGGGCCAUCACUGUGGAUAACUGGGAAGAGUUACUUACACCGCCGGUCGAUAGCGGCGUCCUUGUGGUACGGACUUCUGGAAACUGGCUAGCAAGGCUUGCUGCAGCUGGUGUUUGUAUUCGAUUACGCAAGCAUGCUGUUAUUCUUCCUCAGCACCCGUGCUGGCCUUGUACAGAGUUGCACCUUGUGAAACUGAGUAGUACUGGUAGUAAUGAUCAGUAUCCUGUCUUGGUUUUAUGA